ACAAAAAAUUGUAAUUCUCCCAUAAGAUUCCUUAAUCACGUUCAUUCCAUUUCCUUCUUCUUUCACCAAAUUUAGGGAUUUAUUACUAAAUUAAAACCCAAAAGGGGGAAAAAAGGAUCUUCUUGUAUUUGUCCCACCAUUAAAAUCGGAUUAUGAGAAUUACGCUCCGAUUUGACCAAACUCAACCAAGAUCACCAUUUUUUUUCUGUCUCUCUACUUCUUAAUUGCCGCCUCCAUAAUCAAAUUCUCACUUUUUUCUCGCAUUACACACAGUACGAUCGACUCGAUUAAUCACAAUCCGGUGGAAAGGAAGAUCCGAUUCUCAGCGUAAACCCUGCAAUUUAUUCCUUUUUCAUGUGAUUGAUUCUCUUGGUUUUUAUGUGUGAUUAUAUUCGGUGAAGAUCCGGAUCAUAACUCCAAAGUUGGCAAGAGUAUUUAUUUAUUACUCGGUGAAUUGACUGAUUUUUUCUAUCUAGUCUGAGAACGAAUUUGAAUUUUCAAAGUGGACUUUUUUUUUUUUGGGUAUUUUGUUCAAGCCUGAGUGGAAUUUCUCAUGCACUGUGACAAUUUUCUGAUUAGCAACUCGAUUUAGUGAGCUGGGUUUUUUUUUUUUUUUUUUUUUUUUUGAAUUUUUCGGGUUUUAUCGACGUGGGUUUUUCGGGUUUUGGUUGAUUCUGGUUGUGGGUUGUUGGAAUUAAUUGUAAAGAUGCAAUCUUGGCUUCACUGGUGAUAUAAUUUUUCGCAAUCCGGUGGAGCAUUUAAUUUUCGUAGCGGAAAAGGGCACUGACAGAGAGCGAGAGAAAAAAAGGGGGGGUGAUAAAUGGCGAGGAGUAAGGAGAAAGAAGAUGCGGACGGUCGAUUCAGUGCUCCGGUAUCGAUAUCCAUGGCGGAUUCUUCGAUAAGCAUGUUGAAACUGAUCUCAAUUUUGAUAGUUUUCGUUGUGGGCAUGGUUAUAGGACUUGUUUCCAGUUCGAACAUCAAUAAGUACUUCACUUUCCAAGGGGAUCAGUUCGAUUUCAAGAGCCAUUAUUUCGACACCGAGCAAUUCAGCCACGAUGCCGAGAAGAAAGGGGCCAACUGCGAAAAGGGGGAUUGCUUGAGCAUGGAGAGUUUUAUCCGGCCAAAGAGUUUGACCCACCGAAUGACGGAUGAUGAGUUGUUUUGGAGGGCUUCGCUUGUGCCCGAAAAGGAAGAUUUCCCGUUCAAGAGAGUUCCGAGGGUGGCUUUCAUGUUUCUAACUCGGGGGCCGUUGCCCCUCUUGCCGUUGUGGGAGAGGUUCUUUAGUGGACAGGAUAAGGAGAAGUACUCGAUUUACGUGCAUGCCCCUGGUUUUGAGCUCAAUGUGGCCGUUUCAUCUGUCUUUUACAGGCGCCAGAUUCCGAGUCAGAAUGUCCAAUGGGGGUCAGUCUCACUCGUGGACGCAGAAAAACGUCUACUAGCAAACGCCCUUCUCGAUUUUUCCAACGAGCGUUUUGUUCUCCUAUCAGAGAGAUGCAUACCUAUUUACAACUUUGCCACCGUCCACAAAUACCUAACCGAAUCACUCCACAGCUUCAUCGACUCGUACGACGACCCGUCUAGAUACGGGCGGGGCAGGUACAACCGUCGGAUGCAGCCCGAUAUCCGUUUGGCGGAGUGGCGAAAAGGGUCUCAGUGGUUCGAGGCACACCGCACCCUCGCUGUGAAAAUAGUGGCCGAUUUCAAGUACUAUUCGAUCUUCCGUAAGUACUGUAGACCCUCGUGUUACCCCGACGAGCACUAUAUUCCGACGUACGUGAGGAAAUUUUACGGGGCACUCAAUUCGAACCGCUCGUUGACUUACGUUGACUGGUCAAUGAUGGGCCCGCACCCUGCGACAUUCACUGCAGUUAAUAUAACGACGCAGUUCUUGCAGUUGCUUAGGAAUAACGGUACGAUGUGUUCUUACAACUCAGAAAAGACGAACAUUUGUUAUCUGUUUGCUAGGAAGUUCGAUGAGAGUGCUUUAGAGCCUCUGCUUAGUAUUUCGUCGCAAGUUAUGGGAUUUUGAAGUUAUUGGAUAUUUGCUUUUAUUUAUUAAAAAAGAAAAGGAAAAAAAAAAACGCGCCAUUUGGUGGAACACUUGCGAUUUUGUUUUCGGUCCGAUUUUUUUCGGUAGUGAAAAUACAUAGAACAUAAAGAGGAAGGUUUUUGUAUACUUGUCAGUUGUUGUGACUGCUUUUGAUGGAAAGAGAGAAUUUGCCAAAUCAUUUUUUAUGAAUGGAUGAGGCAGUAAAGAAA